AUGGUGUCUGGGAAGGAAGAAGAUUAUGCCGGUCGCUAUGUGCGUUCGAAGCCCACACCAGGAGCACGGAGAGCAUCUCAGAUAGCAACAGAGCUGUACACAGUCUCUUACUUGAUAUUCUUCUCCAUCUGGGGAACACUGGCGCGUGUCGGCCUUCAAGCCCUCACUUUCUACUCCGGCACACCUCUGACCUUCUCUGAACUAUGGGCCAACGUCGCCGGUACAUUAAUAAUGGGCUUUUUAGCAGAAGACCGUCGUCUAUUUGCUGCAGAGUGGGGAAAUCGGGGACAAGGCCUGCCAGAACCCUCGGACGAACCUGCACUUCAACAGGCCGACAAAGCGCGCCACGGAAAGGUGAAGAAGACGAUUCCAAUGUACAUUGGCCUUGCAACUGGGUUCUGUGGUUCAUUUACAAGCUUUUCAAGCUUUAUUCGAGACGUCUUUUUAUCGCUAUCCAACGAUCUCAAAGCGCCCAUCAGCCAUCCGAAUGGCGGAUACUCUUUCCUGGCUCUGUGCGCUGCCAUUAUCAUUACCACAGCUACAUGUUACUGUGCAUUGCACGUUGGCGCGCAUAUAGCCCUUGGGCUAGAUCGCUUCACGCCGACACUGCCCUUCCGCGCCACGCGCCGCAUCGUUGAUCCGAUUUUUGUUGUUUUGGGCUGGGGCGUAUGGCUCGGAGCGAUCAUCAUGGCUGCUGUUCCACCAAAUGACGCGUGGCGUAGUCAAGCCCUCUUUGCUUGUGUCUUCGCGCCUGUCGGAUGCCUACUCCGGUACUAUAUUUCCUUGUACCUGAAUCGGAUCAAUUCGUCUUUUCCCGUCGGUACCUUUACCGUCAACAUAUUCGGUACCGCGGUCAUUGGCAUGGCAUACGAUUUGCAACACGUAUCGCUCAGUACCACGGGGCUUGUCGGUGGGGGCAUCGUAGGCUGCCAGGUGCUGCAGGGUAUCAUGGAUGGCUUCUGCGGCUGCCUGACUACCGUAUCAACUUGGAUUGUUGAAAUCGAUGCUUUGAAGAGGAAAGCUGCGUAUGUGUACGCAAGCCUGAGUGUUGUGACAUCAUUCGCGCUUUUACUUAUUAUUAUGGGGAGUGUAAGAUGGACUGUGGGAUGGGAGGUCAUUUUGUGCAAGACCUAGCAAGCUUG